AUGCCUUUCUUCAUUAGAAAACCAAACUCGGAAUCAAAAGACAAAAAGCGCAAGAAAUUACUUAAAUCUGAAAAUGCCAAGAAAAAAACGAAAUCCACAUCAUCUGAAUUCACAAAUGGUCAUACAAACAAGAAAUCCAAAAAACAAAAUGACAUUAUAGACGAAAACGAAGAAAUUCCAAGCGAUAGUGAUCUUGAAGAAGAUGACGAACAAAACCGUCAGACGAAUGGAACUGUUCGAUUAGAUAAUCUCUUAUUAAACGAAGAAGAUGACGACGAUGAUGAAAAUAACGUUCAUGAGCAACGAUUGAAACGUGCGAAAGAGUACAUUGAACAGAUUGCCAAACAAGAAAAAGAACGUGAACUCGAUCGUGACGCUGUUUCUGAACGUCUUCGUGAUGAUGUCCUUGAACAAGCGGGUAAACUUCAUCGUCAAGUUGCUUCAAAUUAUUCUCAACCUGUUCUUCUUCACACAUGUCGUGGUCAUCAACAAAGUGUCACCUGUGUAUGUAUCUCAAAUGACAACAAAUAUGCAUUCACUGGAUCAAAAGAUUGCAGUAUUAUUAAAUGGUGUUUGUUAACUGGUAAAAAACUUCAUUUGAUACGUCGACUUGUGAAACCCACUGAAACAAACGAACGAGUACCAAUUGUUGGACAUUACGAUCAUAUUCUUGCAAUUAGUAUUUCAACUGAUGGACAGUUUUUAGUAGAGAAUUUUAUAUGA